AAAUUUGACGAAGUAAACGACGUAGCAGUGAGAUGCCGCGUAAAGAGACUAGGAUAGGACUUUGCAGGCGCAAGGAAAACGGAAGGGAAAUCGUUCCGCGACGAAGACGAUGGGAAAUGCGUUUUGCAUAUGCUGUGGCUGCGUCGAUCAAGCCAGCGUCGGGGUGGUCGAGCGCUGGGGCCGUUUUGAGAGGCUGGCGGAGCCCGGUCUCCACUUCUUUAACCCCUUUGCCGGUCAGUUCCUCGCCGGCAUCCUCUCCACCAGAAUCUGCUCUCUCGACGCGGAAAUUGAAACCAAAACCAAGGUUAAUUCACACCUCUAUGUUUUUUUAUCUAGUAAUUAUUCCUCGAAACCUGCGUUUGUGGAAUUGAAUUGCUCUUUUUUUGGAAAUCUGGUUUAUCAUCAACUGUAUAAACAUGCUUUCUUUGA